UUCACCAUAAACAGUUUGCCAACCUAAAAUAAUUUCACAAAAAAUCAUUCACUUCUAUUUUAUUUUCUUAUUUCAUCUGUGGGAAUGGCGAUUGAUGAUUUUGGUGUCAAGAGAUUUUAGAAAAUCUUGUGCGAUUUAAUUGCGUUGUAGUAACUGCUUGGUGUUAUAAUAACUUGAGCUUUAGAUUUUAUUCAAUAAUUUGUAGUGGAUUUUAUUUGACAUCGAUGAUUAGUGUGAUUUGAUUGCAAGUGGUGACCUGGGCCACUAAAUCAAGAAGAUGGCGGAAGUGGAUCCAGAAACCCUUUUAGAAUGGUUGCUGACUGGGCAGGGUGAUGAGCGUGAUAUGCAGCUCAUUGCCCUUGAACAGCUGUGUAUGCUGCUUCUCAUGUCCGAUAAUGUGGACCGAUGCUUCGAAAGCUGCCCUCCUCGAACAUUUCUCCCAGCAUUAUGUAAAAUCUUCUUAGAUGAAUGUGCACCUGACAAUGUAUUGGAAGUGACAGCCAGAGCUAUCACAUACUAUCUGGAUGUUUCUGCGGAGUGCACAAGAAGAAUUGUGGCUAUUGAAGGAGCAGUCAAAGCAAUUUGCAGCAGAUUGCUUACUGUUGAUCCCAACAAUCGUACCAGCAAGGAUCUCGCAGAACAGUGCAUUAAAGUGUUGGAGUUAGUUUGCACUAGGGAAGCAGGUGCUGUUUGGGAAGGUGGUGGCCUUCCUGCAGUUUUACACUUCAUCACACAUCAUGGUACAUCAGUGCACAAAGACACUCUACACUCAGCUAUGGCAGUAGUAUCAAGGGUAUGCGGGAAAAUGGAGCCAGGUGAUGCUCGCGUGGGUGAUGCAGUUUCGUCUCUAUCAGCACUUCUACGUCACAAUGACGCGCGGGUUGCUGACGCAGCGCUGCGCUGUUUCGCGUCGCUAGCUGACAGAUUUGCGCGUGCGCAUGCUGAUCCGGCUCCUCUCGCUGAACAUGGUCUAAUAGAAGAAUUGGUGCGCCGUCUGGGUAGUGCUGAGAGUGGUGAUGAUAAAUGUUCAGCUCCAGCUGUAUCCACUACUGUAAGCUUGCUGUCUACACUGUGCCGAGGAUCAGCUCAAAUUACUCAUGACCUUGUCCGCUUGGAGUUAUGCUCAGCUGUGGAGGCGGCGGUACAGGCCGAUGAGCGUUGGUGUCUCGAAUGUAUGCGGCUUGUGGACUUGCUGCUUGUUCUCUUGUGUGAAGGACGACAUGCUAUACAGAAUGGGUCAAACCGUAACGGUAGCUCGACGUCGGGGUCGAGUGCUUCGGGCGGAGCCAGCGGCGAAGGCUCGUCGGGCGGCGGCAGCGGCGCGCGCGGGGACAAGUCGCACCGCCAGCUCAUCGACUGCAUCCGCGGGAAGGACACUGACGCCCUACUGGCCGCCGUCUCUAGCGGCGCGGUCGAUGUCAACUUUACUGAUGACGUCGGACAAACCCUACUCAACUGGGCCUCAGCUUUCGGCACUAGAGAAAUGGUCGAAUUCUUGUGCGAGAAAGGUGCUGACGUGAAUCGUGGUCAACGUAGUUCAUCUUUGCAUUACGCCGCUUGCUUCGGUCGUCCUGCUAUUGCUAAAGUGCUACUUCGUUAUGGUGCAAAUGCUGACUUACGCGACGAAGAUGGAAAAACUCCUCUCGAUAAAGCCCGUGAAAGACACGAUCAAGGUCAUAGAGAAGUGGCAGCGAUUUUGCAGUGUCCUGGAGAGUGGUUGGUGGUCGGUAACCAUGAUUCGCCUUCGCCAACGAAUGAUGACGAUUUUCCUGAAACUGGCGAUAAGGAAAUGGCAGCAGUAUACCUCGAACGCCUGGUGCCGGUGUUCUGCGCGCGCUACCUGGGCGCGGGCGGCGCGGGCGUGCGGCGCGCCUGUCUGUCGCUGGUGCGCAAGAUGGUGCACUACGCGCCGCCGCGUCUGCUGCGCGCGCUGUCGCUGCGCCGGGACCCGCCCGCCGCCGCGCUGCUCACGCAGCUGGUGGCCGCCGUGCUGGACAACGCGGAUGACGACGACGGCCAUCUCAUAGUUCUCGGUAUAGCCGAGGAGUUGAUGGUGAAGGCUUCGGACAUAUAUCUGGAACAGUUUGCGCGUCUCGGCGUCUUCAGCAAAGUGGAGAGUCUGGCCGCCGCUCCGGCCGCUUUCUUGACGUCGGACAGUGAAAGUUCCAGCAUUGCCGGCAGCAGCGAGGACGCGUCGUGCCUGGCGAGCGGCGUGGGCUACUCGUGGGCCGAGUGGGCGCUGUGCCGCGGCCGCGACGCGCUCUACGUGUGGAGCGACGCGGCCGCGCUCGAGCUCAGCACGGGCAGCAACGGCUGGUUCCGCUUCCUGCUCGACGGCAAGCUGGCCACCAUGUACUCCAGCGGCAGCCCCGAGCAUCAGACCGACAACACCGAAAAUCGUGGAGAGUUUAUAGAUAAACUGCAAAGAGCGCGAGCUUCUGUGAAGAAUACAAUCCCUCAACCGAUCCUCUCGAAACCUGGGCCAUCCAAACUGAUAAUAGGCAAUUGGUCUCUCUCAUCAAAAAAGGAAAAGGAACUUCAAAUCCACAAUACAGAUGGUCAGCAACAGACUACCAUUCUCAGAGAAGACUUACCUGGCUUUAUAUUCGAAUCAAAUAGGGGCACUAAGCAUUCAUUCACUGCGGAAACAUUUUUAGGACCUGAGUUGGCAAGCGGCUGGACCGACCGCAGGAAUGUGACGCCUCAUAACGCGGUGAAUGCAAGCCGUUCGCGACUAGCAGCUAAAGCAGAGGCAUUGAAAGCACAGGUAUGCGAGCGAGCCCGCGCGCUGUACUCGCGGCACCUGGCGAACGCGGCGACGCGGCAGCCGCGGCCGCCCGUGGCCCGCCUGCGCGCCCUGCUCGCGCGCAUGCAGCGCCUCGCCACGCAGCCCAACGAUGAUUGGCAAAACGAGCUGAAUGAGUCUUUGGACCAGCUCAGCGAGUUAUUGUGCGGUGACGAACUCCUCUCCGCUUACGAAUUGCAGUCGUCUGGAUUAGCACCAUCCUUGUUGCAAGUUCUUUCCCCACAGGCUAAUGACGCGCCGGGACAGGCGGCGGCGCGCGCGCGGCUGGUGCGGUCGUGGAUGGGGCGGCGCGGCGGCGCGGCGGGCGGCGUGCUGGCGGCGCGCCUCGUGGCCGUGCUGGAGUCCGUCGAGCGUCUGCCCGUGCACGCGCCGCACGGGGACGCGCCGCCCCCCUCCGCCGGCACGCUGCACCAUCUCACCAAGCGCAUCCGAUUGCGUGUAGAACGUGCUAACGAUGAAGCUACAGAAGAUACAAUGUCGAAUAACGGCAAUAAUGCUGGCCGGAAUUUAAAAGUUGAAGCGCUUACAACAGUACGACAGCUGGAAAGAUUUCUUGCCAAAUCUGUCGCUCGCCAGUGGUAUGAUAUGGACAGAGCCACUUUCAACUUUGUGCAAAAAAUUAAAGCAGAAGCACCUAUUACAUUCACAUAUGAUCAUGAUUUUGACGAAAAUGGGAUUAUUUACUUCAUCGGUAGCAAUGCGGGUACUUGCGAAUGGGUAAACCCUGGUGCACAUGGCUUAGUCAGUGUUUGGUCGUCUGAUGGGAGACAGUUACCUUAUGGUCGUGCCGAGGAUGUGUUGUCGAGGUCACCGGAACCUUUGAACGUUCAUACCAAUGAUGACAGACGAGCUUUUAUAGCCGUAGACUUGGGCUUGCAAGUAAUACCUACUGCAUACACUAUGCGUCAUGCUCGUGGAUAUGGGCGCUCGGCUCUCAGAAAUUGGCUCUUCCAAAUGUCAGCUGAUGGUGUGACGUGGACUACGUUGUUGGCUCACAACGAUGAGCAAACAUUACAGGAACCAGGUAGCACGGCUACGUGGCGGAUACGAGCCGACGCUCCAUAUCGCUUCCUGAGAAUACAACAAAAUGGAAAGAAUGCUAGUGGACAAAGCCAUUAUUUGUCACUGUCUGGUCUUGAAAUUUAUGGCAAGGUACUGAGCGUGAACGAGGUGGGUCCGCGUCAGAUGGGCGGGGCUAGCUCGGCGGUGGGCGCGGCAGUGGGCGGGGCGCGCGCCCGGCGCUGGUCGCGCGGCGCUCGCGGCGUGUGCGCUGGAGCGCGUGUAUUGCGCGGCCCGGACUGGAAGUGGCGCGACCAGGACGGCCCUCAUCCCGCGCUCGGCACCGUCACCUCCGACUUGCAUAACGGCUGGGUCGAUGUCAGGUGGGACCAUGGCGGACGCAACUCUUACCGCAUGGGUGCGGAAGGCAAAUUUGAUCUCAAAGUGGUGAGCGGUGGCGCCACUGGUGGCGAGGCCAAACAAGGUCGCAAAAGCCACUCCACUCCUAGUUUACCCGAUGCGACUGCUGUAGACCAUCAGGUAUCGGUAGCGUCGACGGAGCAGGCGUCGUCGGCGGAUAACAUCUCCAGCGAAGAGAUGGCCAGCAACAUGUCGCGGCCACGUACUCACGCCACAGAUCUCUCCGCCAUCAAUAACUCCACGCAUCAUAUUAAUACAGAUCUGGCUACAAUAGUUGAAUCCCUAACUUUAGGAGCUGAGAGCAAUAACUGCAUUGAUUUGGCCAACACAUCGUUUACGAACAUGGAAAUGGGACCCACAAGCAUCACUGACAUUACCAAACCAUAUCCAGCCAAAGAACCGGUUCCAGAAACAACUAGUCAAGAGUGUGAUGAUAACGAAGGUGCCGAUGGUCAGUACGGCGACCACAAGAAGGACAGUCAGUCGGGCGGCUCGGGGGCCAUGAGCGCCAGUGAACCAGAUUUAACACAACAGGGUGCCGCAAGACUAUUGGAAUCGCUUGGAGUUGGUCGUGGUUCUGGCGCAGGACGCGGUAACAACCCGCAGCGCGCAGCAAGAACUAACCACUCAACUAGUCUUUUCCCUAGUUUGGUGCGUUUAGCUCUAUCAAGCAAUUUCCCAGGAGGUCUGCUAUCGGCUGCCCAAAGCUAUCCAUCGCUAGUACCCAAUGCUCAAAACGCGCUCACACUGUCUCUCACCUCCACAUCUAGUGAAAGUGAACAGGUGUCGUUAGAAGACUUCCUGGAGUCUUGCCGGGCGCCUGCCCUGCUUACAGAGCUGGAAGAUGAUGACGAGGGAGAUGACGCUCUGGACAGUGAUAAGGAAAAUGAACCCACUUAUCAGGAGGUAGUUUCACGAAAUCUUUUGUCGUUAAUGGAGGAAGAAGCAUUAGAAGCAGUUCGUGGUAACAGCGGACAGGGUAGCCGCCAGCGUAAACCUUGGGACGACGAUUUUGUGCUAAAGCGACAGUUUUCGGCACUCAUACCAGCUUUCGACCCUCGCCCAGGAAGAACCAAUUUGAAUCAAACCGUCGAUUUGGAAAUCCCAUUGAAUGAAUCGUCGGACGGAGAGGAAAGUAGCAGCACGGAUACAGCGGGCGCGUCCGCCGCAGGGGCGGCGCCGGCCGGCCGCCUGCCCGCGCUGCGCCUCGUGCUCAGCGCCGCCGGCGCCGCGCUUCCGCUGGAGCGCCCCUCCUGGACGCUCUACCGCGCCGUGCUCGCGCUCAACUCGCGACUGCCGCUGCUCGACACGCAUCGCGAUCUCACCUACACAUUGACCUACAAAGAAAUCGAGGGAAUGGAAACGUUCGCAUCGUCGAGUGACAGCGAGGAUGACGAACCAUGCGAUCCAGAGCGCGGCAUCGCGGGCGCGGAGGGCGCGGAGGGCGCCAUGGCGACGUGCUGCGUGCGCGUGCUGCGGCGGCUGCGCGCGGCGGCGCCGGCGCUGGCGGGCGAGCACUUCGUGUCCACGAAGCUCACCAACAAGCUGCACCAGCAGCUGCAGGACCCGCUCACGCUGGCCGCCGCCGCCACGCCGCUCUGGUGUCAGCAGUUGAACGACUGGUGUCCGUUCCUGUUCCCACUUGAGACUCGCCAGAUGUUCUUCGCCUGUACUGCUUUCGGCACGUCCCGCACUAUUGUCUGGCUUCAGGCUCAGAGGGAUCGUGCUCUCGACAGACAAAGAUCUGGUAACACUGUGUCGCCUCGUCGCGCAGAGUUAGAAGCGACCGAGUUCCGCAUGGGUCGACUGCGACACGAGCGAGUGCGAAUACCGCGCCAACCCGAUCUAUUGCGAUCAGCUAUGCAGGUAAUGCGCGUGCACGCGGGACGCAAGUCGGUGCUGGAGGUGGAGUUCGCGGGCGAGGAGGGCACGGGGCUGGGGCCCACGCUGGAGUUCUACGCGCUCGUCGCCGCCGAGCUGCAGCGCGCAGACCUCGGCAUGUGGCUCAACGACGCCACGCAUACAGACCUCGACAGCGCGCCGCACCAUCUUGUCUUACCCGACGAAAAGCCUCCGGGAUACUAUGUAACGCGCGCAGGUGGUUUAUUCCCAUCACCCCUGCCUCAAGAUUCACCGAUCUGUGAUAAAAUUUGCAAAUAUUUCUGGUUCUUAGGAGUAUUUUUAGCUAAGGUCUUGCAAGACGGCCGACUCGUCGAUCUACCGCUCUCGGAACCUUUCUUAAGAAUCAUGUGUGGCGAAGAAUUACCAAACGAAUGCUUAGAAGAGAUCGAUCCUAUCAGGCAUCGGUUCCUGCAGAGCGUGCUGGCUGCGGCGGACGAGUACGACAGCAUCAUGCGGUGCGCGGAGCUAAGCGCGGAGGAGCGCGAGCGGCGCGUGGCCGGCAUCGCGGUGGAGGGCGCGACGUUCGAGCAGCUGGCGCUGAGCAUGACGCACGUGGCGGCGCACCCCGACGCGCGCGCCGCGCUGCAGCCGCUCUGUGUCGGCGGCGACCUGCUCGACGUGCGGCCCCACAACGCGCGCGCCUACGCCGACGCCGCCGCGCGCUGGGCCGUGCGCGCCGGCCUGCGCCGCCAGGUCGCCGCCUUCCGCCGCGGCUUCGGCGCCGUCUUCCCGCCGCGCCGACUGCGCGCCUUCUGCGCCGCCGAGCUACGUCUGCUGCUCUGCGGGGAGCGCGGGCCCGUCUGGACGCGGGACCACCUCCUGCAGUACACCGAGCCUAAGCUGGGCUACACGCGCGACAGUCCGGGAUUCCUUCGUCUCGUGGAUGUGCUGGUUGAGAUGUCUCUCCGCGAACGUAAAGCGUUCCUGCAGUUUGCGACAGGUUGCAGCAGCCUGCCCCCAGGAGGACUUGCUAACUUGCAUCCGCGACUUACUGUAGUGCGCAAGGUUGAUGCCGGAGAUGGGUCCUAUCCAUCUGUAAAUACGUGUGUUCACUAUUUGAAAUUGCCGGAGUAUUCAUGCAAAGAGGUUCUCCGAGAAAGGCUCCUGGCAGCAACAAAUGAGCGUGGUUUCCAUCUCAACUAGACCAUUAACUAGAUCCGAGUUGGUGGGUGUUGAAAUGUUUAAGAAUAACUACACCAUUACUCACGCACUCGCAUAUGGACAUGCAGAAUUAGAAACAAUUAUCUAUUUAUUCAACAUCAGUAGCUUUUACCCUUGACUGCUAAGCAAAAAAACCAUAGUGCUCGCCAGACUUAUUGACUUUACUGAGUACAUAAGGACUUAGUUAUUCUUAACAUAGAUAUGUAACAUUAUAGUAUGUCAGCUCAUAAUGUAGAACUGAUCUCUUGAAGCAUAUUUUUUCAAGACAUUAAUAUUUACAAUUACUCUAUGGAAUAAAUAGUAUUUUAUUAUAUCAAGAUUGAUUGAUCUUAUUCAUGGAAAGAUAAAAGUGUUGUACGUCGUGAUUUUCGUUAUUAUCAUGCAAUAAUAUAUUUUAUUUUAAAAUAAUAUUAUGUUUAAUAAUUGCAUGAAUUUCAAAUAUAGGUUUAUAGAUUGGGGUGAAUGAAGGAAAAUGCAAGAGGCUGCCUAUUUAUGAUUGGUAAAAUUUUAUGGCAAUAUUCGAAUAAUCUUAUCUUUGGAAAAUAUAAUAUUGCAACAUUCUAACUAAAGUAUUCAAAAAUUUAACUAGUAUUUGAUAUUAUAAUAAUAAGAUAAAUAUUUUUUACACCAAUUGGUCUUUGCUUUAUAUGUAACUUGUUUUAGUAACUUUUAUUUGAGUGUGUUUAAUGAUAUAUUUAUAAAAAUAGUAGGCAUCUAGCGUUUCAAGCAAAUUUUAGAUAAAUGUUUGUGUAUGGCGUGGUGAUACUUAGUUUUAUUUUCAGAUUAUGUAAGUUGUUCCAAGACAAGUUGAGUUGUUAAUCUGGUAUAUCUGCAAUAUAAAUUAAACAAUUUAUUUUGAUUUGGGUUUGUGCUUCCAUUAUUAUUUUAUAGUACUUUCGUUCGAAAGCAUUCAACAUAGCGUGAAAUAAAUACAUCUUUUCAAAGUUAAACAUUUGUAUUGGAACCAAAAAAUGCUGCUAUUUGGUAACAAAGUCAUGUAUUUGUGUAACGGUAUUCAUUUUCGUCAGGCACAUUAUUUCAUUUAGAAUAUACAACCAAGAAUGUAGUAUGUUUGAAUGUAUAUGAAGCAGUAAUAACAGUGCCUACGGCAUAAGUAGAUAUCGUUACACUUGAUAUGAUUUUGUGGAACCAUAAUUAGGACUGACGUAAAUUUUAACUUAGAGUGUGAAACACAUGCGUUUCUACGAAAGAUAUUUAGAUAUGUUCCUUUAGUUAAAUAAUAAUUUUGUCAACUGAAAGUUGGUAUAUAUUGUGAUUUAUAAAUAUAAACUACUUUACGAAUUAAUAUAUUUAGUUUAAAUUCAAUAAGUAUUUAGAUUAAACUUAUUAACCAUAAUGGCAUCAUGUAGUGCUCAUGUAAUUGUUGUUGAGGAUUGUAUCAAUAAAUUAAGCAAAAAUCA